AUGUCGCAUCUUGUAGGACGCGAAUACGCCUUCGCUAUCCUACUGAGUAUUUUACCCGGCGCAUUUUGUCAUGUUACCGGAAAGUGCAGGUCUAGCUGUGAGGGUGCAUGUCUGCCCGCAGCAGUCAUUGCUGAUGAUCCUUUACACGGUCAUUAG